AUGAAAAUUGCAAUAAUUGUCAUAUUGAGCCUAUCAUUAGUAUUUGCAACUAAGUUUAGUAGUAAAUACCACACAACAGCAGAAAUAAAUGAGGAAUUAGAAUCUUUGAGUCGAAGUUGCUCAUUCUUAUCAUUGUCUAAUGCUUCCGAUAGUCCAUUAAUUAAAGAAGUGAACAUUAAUAGAAAUCAAAAUAAAAAGUAUAGAGGUAUUAUAUUGAACUAUAAUAUAAAGCUUAUAUUUUGUUUGGUGAACAUCCAAGAGAAUUGAUUAGUCCAGAAUCAGGAAUUCAUUUCUUGAAUGAUUUAUGUUUUGAAAAAACUGACCCAAAAAACAAAUAAAUUUUAGAUGAUUUCGAAUUAAGAAUGAUUUUGAAUGCAAAUCCUUUAUCAAGAUAGAAAGUAGAAGGAGGAGAAUAUUGUUUAAGAGAAAAUGAAAAUGGAGUUGAUAUUAAUAGAAAUUAUGAUGCACAUUGGGAAAAGGUUUAAGAUGAUGUCAGAUAAGUUACAUCAGGACCAAAUCCAUUUUCUGAACCUGAAACAAGAGCAGUACGUGAUUCAUUAAAAGCAUUUAAUCCAGAUAUAUUCUUAACUGUUCAUUCUGGUACUUUAGGAAUGUUUACACCUCAUGCUUAUUCAACAGAUGCUGGUAUAUAUAUUUUAUUGAAUAAUGUAGCUGAACAAAAUGAAGAAAAAAUGAUGGAUAUUCUUAAUGAUAUAUCUGGUAAAUAUUGUCCAUCAUGUGAUGUUGGAGUUGCAUCAUAAGCUAUUGGUUAUUUAGCACCAGGAAGUUGUGUUGAUUAUGCCUAUGAUGAAUUGAAAAUUAGAUAUUCAUUUGCUUUUGAAAUCUAUCAUGGUUCUAUUAAUUUAGAAGAAUAACUUAAAUCUAGAACUCAUUCUAGUUUCUUAUAAUUGACAGGAUAACAAUAAUCAACUAAAAAUAGAAAAUUCGAACAUAAUAAUAAUCAUUCUUGUUUCUUAUAAACAUCUUCCAAAUAUGAUAUGUCAAAAGAAGAAUGUUUUGAUUAUUUCAAUCCAGAUAGUUCCUAAUAUGAUUGGUAUGUUUAAAAUUGGACAGAAGCUUAUUAAGAAAUGUUAUUAAAAUUAGUCUAAGAAGAACAGCAAUCAUGA